UGACUAGAGGACCCGUGAGAAACUGAAUCGCGUCUCCGGGCCCACAUGUCAGAAACACCUUGACCCGCCGUAUAUAAGCACACGUCGCCGUCGCCGAAUGGCGCAUAGGCACUAGCCACCCCCAACGCCAACCAUCUCCCGCUCUCCAAUGGCCGCCGCCGCCGCCGCCGCGCCCACCGCUCUCGGCCGCCUGUUACUCCUCCACUCCACCCCAGCCCCCUCGCUCCCGUCACCGAACCCCGGAGCCGCGUCCGUCCGAUCCCUCCGCCUCCCCUCCGCCCGCCUCACGCUCUCCCGCCGCAUGGCGGGGGGCCCGCCGGCGGCGAUCGCGGGCGCCUCCGGCGACUCCGAUCGGGACCUGAGCGCUUCCGCGGUAUCCUUGGAGGCCCUGGAGGCCGCCGUCGAUUCUGAUUUGGAGACGAAGGAGCCGAGCGUGGCGACAACUCUCACGAGCUUCGAGAAUUCAUUCGACAUGUAUGGCUCUACGAGCACGCCGCUGUACCAGACAGCCACGUUUAAGCAGCCUUCAGCAACAGAUUGUGGACCUUAUGAUUAUACUAGAAGUGGUAAUCCUACUCGUGAUGUUCUGCAGAGCCUCAUGGCUAAGCUUGAGAAGGCGGAUCAAGCAUUCUGCUUCACCAGUGGGAUGGCAGCACUAGCUGCAGUAACACACCUCCUUCAGGCCGGGCAAGAAAUAGUUGCCGGAGAGGACAUAUACGGUGGCUCUGAUCGUCUGCUCUCACAAGUUGUGCCAAGAAAUGGAAUAGUAGUAAAACGAGUGGACACAACAAAAAUUAGUGAUGUGGCAUCUGCAAUUGGGCACUUGACUAAACUAGUUUGGCUUGAAAGUCCCACCAAUCCUCGUCAACAAAUCACUGAUAUAAAGAAAAUCUCAGAGAUAGCUCAUUCUUAUGGUGCUCUUGUUUUGGUAGACAACAGCAUCAUGUCUCCAGUGCUCUCCCGUCCAAUAGAACUUGGAGCAGAUAUUGUGAUGCACUCAGCUACCAAAUUUAUAUCUGGACAUAGUGAUCUUAUGGGUGGAAUACUUGCAGUAAAGGGUGAAAGCUUGGCUAAAGAGAUAGCAUUUCUACAAAAUGCCGAAGGGUCAGGUUUGGCACCUUUUGAUUGCUGGCUUUGCUUGAGAGGGAUCAAAACCAUGGCUUUGCGGGUGGAGACACAACAGGCUAAUGCCCAGAAGAUCGCUGAAUUCCUAGCUUCUCAUCCAAGGGUCAAGAAAGUGAACUAUGCGGGACUUCCUGAUCAUCCUGGACAGUCUUUACACUAUUCCCAGGCAAAUGGUGCGGGCUCUGUUCUCAGUUUCCUAACCGGUUCAUUGGCUCUCUCGAAGCACGUCGUCGAGACCACCAAGUACUUCAGCGUAACAGUUAGCUUCGGAAGCGUCAAGUCACUCAUCAGCCUACCGUGCUUCAUGUCGCACGCAGCCAUCCCCGCCUCUGUCCGCGAGGCCCGCGGCCUGACCGACGACCUCGUCCGGAUUUCGGUCGGCGUCGAGGCCGUCGAGGACCUCAUCGCCGAUCUCGACCGCGCGCUGAGGUCCGGCCCGGCGUAGAGGCGGCAGGAUCCCGCUGCCUCCUGAGUCCCGGUUCAGAAGUCAGAGUAGACGUGAUGUGCCUUGGCAAUUCAUUGGACUGCAGCAAUAAUAAUAAUAAUGUGAACGUUGCGUGAGAGCAAAUGGUGCCAGGAGCAUGCUACUGGGAAUGACGUGAUCGUUCUCUUUCCCUUCCGAUUGGCUACGGAUUCGAGCGCUGUUCCCGGGGGCC